CGAUGCGGUCCCGUCCCGCGUGCCACUCGUGUCGAAAGCCCGCGGCCUCUGCGAGGCGGUCCGCAGCCCGUGUGUUCAACGUAAACCUUGCUUAGCUGCUGUGAUAACAACGAUCUCCAGACGCAUUUCAGACUAAGCAGAAGGCGGCAUCAUCUCCCUCGUACUCGUCCGCGCUAUGGUGAGCUGACGCGCGGCCUCGCCUGCUCGUGCGCCGCGCCCGCCCCCGCCCGCCCCCGCGAUGGUGACGAAGCUGCUGCUGGUGCCUCGGCGGCGCUCGCUGCUGCUGAAGGGCGCGCUGCUGGUGGCCACCGCCUGGCUGACUGUGGCCGUGCUGCUGUACACCGAGCAGCGGCCCGCCCAGGGCCAGCCCCCGUCCCCGCUGCUGCUGCUGCCGCUGCCGCCCAACCCGCCGCCCAACGCCGACGGGCUCGCCGCCCAGCCGCCCCCGCAGCCGCCGCCCGCGCCGCCCCGCCAGGCCAAGAGACCUGACGAGGAUGUCGCCGAGGCAGAGAACGCCGCCCUGGAGGACAACGAAGUGGCGCCGCCCCCGCGCGCCGGCGGCCGGCACAAGCACCACGCCAAGGCCGACGCCGCCCCCGCAGCCGCGCCCGCCGCCGCCCCCGAGUCUGACGACCGCGCCGCUCUGCAGCCGCCCCCGGGGCCCGGCGGCGCCGUCUCAGAGCCCCCGGGCCACAUGGGGAAGCCCUACGUGCUGCCCAGCAACCUGUCGGCCGAGGUGAAGAAGCGCGUCGACGAAGGCUGGCAGAACAAUGCCUUCAACCAGUACGUCUCCGACCUCAUCUCUGUGCGGCGCAAGCUGCCAGACCCGCGCGACUCUUGGUGCAAGGAGCCAAACAAGUACGACGUGGCGAACCUGCCACCGACGGCGGUGAUCAUCUGCUUCCACAACGAGGCGUGGUCGGUGCUGCUGCGCACCGUACACUCUGUGCUCGACAGGUCACCGGAGCACCUCAUCAAGGAGAUCAUCCUGGUCGACGACUUCUCCGACAUGCCGCACACGAAGCAGCAGCUGGAGGACUACAUGGUGCACUACCCGAAGGUGCGCAUCGUGCGCGCCAAGAAGCGGGAGGGCCUGAUCCGUGCGCGGCUGAUGGGCGCGCGCGAAGCCACGGCGCCCGUCCUCACCUACCUCGACUCCCACUGCGAGUGCACCGAGGGCUGGUUGGAGCCUCUUUUGGAUCGUAUAGCUCGAGACCCAACUACAGUGGUCUGCCCUGUCAUUGAUGUCAUUGAUGACACAACAUUGGAAUACCACUGGAGGGAUUCAGGAGGUGUUAAUGUCGGAGGUUUUGAUUGGAACCUCCAGUUCAACUGGCAUGCAGUACCUGAGCAUGAAAAGAAGAGGCAUAAGAAUGCGGCUGAGCCUGUGUGGAGUCCAACAAUGGCUGGUGGGCUUUUCAGCAUUGACAAGGCUUUCUUUGAGCGCCUUGGAACUUAUGACAGUGGGUUUGAUAUCUGGGGUGGAGAAAAUCUGGAACUUUCAUUCAAGACAUGGAUGUGUGGCGGUACUUUGGAAAUAGUUCCUUGCUCACAUGUGGGUCAUAUAUUUCGUAAGCGGUCUCCAUACAAGUGGCGGUCUGGAGUCAACGUUCUGAAGAGAAAUUCUAUCAGAUUAGCUGAAGUAUGGCUUGAUGAAUAUGCUAAGUACUAUUACCAAAGGGUUGGUAAUGACUUGGGUGAUUAUGGUGAUGUGAGUGGCAGGAAAGAGCUCCGCAAGAAGUUAGGCUGCAAAUCUUUUAAAUGGUAUCUUGACAACAUCUAUCCAGAACUGUUCAUACCAGGCGAGGCUGUGGCAUCUGGUGAGGUACGCAACAUGGGAGUUGGUGGGAAGACAUGCCUGGACUCGCCUGCACGUAAGGCUGAUCUACACAAGCCAGUUGGAACAUAUCCGUGCCAUCGCCAAGGUGGCAAUCAGUACUGGAUGUUAAGCAAAGCAGGAGAAAUCCGCCGGGAUGAAGCUUGUCUUGAUUAUGCAGGACAAGAUGUAAUUUUGUAUCCAUGCCAUGGAUCAAAGGGCAAUCAGUUCUGGCAGUAUCAUCCAGAUACAAAGCUCUUACAACAUGGGAGCAGCAAGAAGUGCCUUGCAAUAAGUGAAAAUAAACAAAAGUUGCAGAUGUUAGAAUGUGAUGAAAACAUGGAAAGGCAGCACUGGAAGUUUGAAAAUUAUGACCCGUCCAAACUUUAAACACCUUGGCCAACUGGAUGAAACCAAAUCAGAUCUACCAGCACUGUGUCAUCACUGCUAGGUCAUUUGACUUGUGAAAUGAGUGUGGUGUGACUGCUGGUGAAGUAAUUGCUAGUCAGUUUGUUAACUGCAUGUAGAAUAUUCACGGUGCAAAUCACCAGGAAACACUUCGCAACUUCAAAAAGUUCUCCAUUGCACCAUUCAGCUUUUACCAGAAGAGACAUAAAAAAUCAUUUGUUGAUAAUGAAAUGAAAUAUACUGAAAAUGACUAGAAAUAGCACAAUGUGUGUGAAUGUAUCAUAUAAUCUCGUGCAUGUUACAACAGUUGGUGAUUCGAUAGCUAUGGUUCCUACGGAACCCUGUGUGCCUAUCAUCAGUCAAUGUUUGAUGCAACAUGAACUACUUUAACUGUGGUUUGAAGAAAUAUAAUGUACGAAUACACGUGAAUCAACUUUUGUCCUGAAAUUUGACAUUACAAAGUGAACACUAUGUACUUAAGAUUUCAAAGACUGAGUAUUCCGGUAUACUAAAAUACUUCCAUUGUGUGUACAUAUAUAUAUAUAUAUUCUGAUGACGAAUGUAAUGUAAAUACAAACUGAAAGCAAAAUUUAUUUAUUUGGUGAGUGUGAUGGUUUAAAUGAACAUUUUAAAGCAUAUCAUCAUUAUACAUAGCUUAGAAGUGAAGAAUGACAUAGAUGGAUACAAGAAUUGGGAGUUCUUUUUAUUGGAAUUCAUUUUAAGGGAGUGUUACAAACUUCAGAAAAUGGUUGAAAAUUUUUGUUGCUUUUAUUUAAUUGUUUACAACAUAGAAUUUUAGCACAAAAUGAUUUUUCUUUUGUGAAAGUGAUAUUUAGUUGGGGAGCAAGCUAAUGCAUUCCAGACGUAGCUGUACAGUGCCAGUAGUAUAAGGAGGUUGUAGGGAUUUUGUAUACCAGUUGCUAUUGCUAAUACUUACAUUUUUAUUUUGUUAAUGAAUAAUGUUCAUGUAUAAAGCAACUGCCAAAUAUUACAGGUAAAUGAGAAAAAGGGAAAAAAAGACCAAAUAAUACAAUGCAGGCAAAAGAUUUGCAAAACUGACCUAAUAUUUUCUUAACAUUGAAAUACUGUGAAGAUAGAAGUAUUUUAAAAAAUUGUGUUAUCAUCAUAUUUUAAGUGUGCAAUAUUAACUGUUUUAUUUGGUUCUCCAUUUGCAAGUCAGUGUUUCAGUGUAGUAUUAUCAUGGUAUUUUGGCCACAUUCAUUUGCUUAUAAUUACCUGUCUUAUACUUAAAGGUAUUGGUAUUCUGAGUUCCUAGUAUUCUCUUUGUAGUUGUGCUAGUUCCUUUUUUUUUAAAAAAAAAGAAAAAAAAAUGUCACAGCUGCAGAUCAGAAAGCCAUACCUAAAAAAGAGUCACCAAUAAGAUUAUUCCAUAGGUCAUCAUUCCUGACCACACAUUCCAUUUUAAGUUGCCUCUACACUGCUACCUCAUUGUGUACACAAGACAUCACACAUUUUCCUUUCUACAACUGUUAAUUAUAUUUGACUUAGAGCUCUUUUAUACAGAAAAAUAAUUAUCUUACCAUUCAUAUUUGUGUAUUAAUUUAAAUCAAUGAGAGCCAUUCAUACUUGUAUCUCAUCAUCAUAUUUGCCAUGAUCCACUUAAACUGUUUUGCAGUUGUGAUAGAUGGAAUAUGGAAUUGGACUUUUCACAUUUGUUUACUAUGAGUGUUAUCAGUGUUAAGUAUCUGGUAACACAAAAAAUCAUUUUGCAAAACGUGAAACAAAAUCAUUAUCUGCAAAAUAUUAAAAAAUGGCUUGCAUCUGGAACAUUUCUUUGUCAGAAUAUUUAACUUCCUUAUGCCACAUGAUCUUUGUUUUCUUCUUACCUGCAUUUAUCAUUAAAGAAAUAAGCUCAGAUGUUUGGUCUUCUCUCUAGGUAAUUUCAUGCCUUAUGUUUUCAUUAGCCACUUGUGAGUUUAUACAGCACUAUGAAACAUUCCUGUAUUACUGUUCAUGCAUUUUCUUUGAAAUGUAACAUAAUUUAAUUUCCUUAUAGUUUCAUCAAGUGGAAAACAGGAUUCCUUUUGUCAAAUGAAAAUUUAGCAACAUCACAUUUUAAACUUGCAUGUGCCAUGGAAGAUUGAGUUUGUACGUCAACAGUUGCAGAAAAUAAGGCUGCAGUACAAUUAAAUAUCUUCUUUUAGAUAGUCCAUAUAACUGUUCUUAAAAGUGCCAAAUUUCUUUUUCUUAUAUCUUCUCUACACACUGCAUUCAUAUUUAAUGGUUACUAUUGUUAUACAUGGUCCAAGAGGAUAAUUUUGUUGAAAUAAUCUUACUGAAUGUUCAUGGCAUGGGCUCUACUUCUAGAUGUCCAGUAAAAACAUGUUUGUUGGCACUAACAGUCAUGUUUAAGUUAAAUGACAGUUAUGUUAUAUAACAAUUAUAUCACUCAUCAAUGUUCCUUAACAGUGAAAUACAAUCCUGCACAAACUAAAUUUCAAAAUAAAACUUCGACAAAUGUAAAAUUUUAGUGUCUUUGUAAGGAACAGUUGAGCUGUGACAUGAGAAACAGGUUUUCUUUUCUUGUAUUUGAUGAAGACAAUGUAUGAUGUCCAAUUUUUUUUAUUGAUAUAACAAAUAUUAUUAGUUCCUGGAAGUCAUGGACAAUGUGUUCAAAAGAACAAGAUGUAACUUGCAUUGAGCCCAAUUUGUUUACAACUCAUUUGUCAGUGAAAUAAGGAUAGACACUGCUGUCAACAGAACUUGUACACCAAUUAAUUUUAAUAAUGGACUAAGAUUACUGUGCCUUACUUGGUGUAAUAUAUGCAAAUAAAAAAGUGAAAAUUUUGUGUUUUGGAAAAAA